CGGCACACGUGAUUGGCCGCCACCGCCCGCCCCCCCUGCUUCCCGAUUGGGUGGGGCUGCCUCCCUGCACCUCCCUCGGUGAAGACGCCGCGCUUCGGCUGGGUAGCGGAUUCCGGGGACUCGGAGCUUCGGUGACCCGGUACGGCCUUCGGGGAUAGCGCUUUCCCCUCGCCCCCACUAGUGCACCCUCCCCAGAGUCCAGCCGGACUGUCACCCUUUCUGUGACCCUGGCACUGGCUCCUGGGCAGCCAGGGGGCCCGUGUGCUUCCGGAUCUGACACCGGCUUGGAGGACGGUGUUGUGGGUGUGGCCUCUGCCAGAGGCAGAAGCGGAAAGAGCUCAGUUUGGGACUCUGGGAGGUCGGGCCUCGGAGCCCUAGUUGAGCUGGUCCUCAGUUUCCCCGUGCGUACACUGAAGAGGCUGGGGCCAGUAGCCCCCACCAUCACCGGCAGGCACGAUGAGCCCCGUGCACAGAAGAGGAAACUGAGGCCCAGGCAGGGGAAGCAGAGGGCCCCACAUCGCUGAGCUCGGCGCAUGGCGUCCCAGGGUCGUCGGCGGAGGCCCCCGCGGAGGCCCGAGACGGUGGUGCCGGGGGAGGCGGCCGAGACGGACUCGGAGCUCUCCGCGUCCUCGUCGGAGGAGGAGCUGUACCUGGGCCCCUCGGGCCCGACGCGCGGCCGCCCCACGGGGCUGCGGGUGGCCGGGGAGGCCGCGGAGACCGACUCGGAGCCGGAGCCGGAGCCGACGGCCGCGCCGAGGGACCUGCCCCCGCUCGUCGUGCAGCGGGAAACGGCCGGGGAGGCCUGGGGCGCGGAGGAGGUCCCGGCGCCCGCCCCCGCGCGCUCGCUGCUGCAGCUCCGGCUGGCCGAGAGCCAGGCGCGGCUGGACCACGACGUGGCGGCCGCGGUGAGCGGCGUGUACCGGCGCGCGGGCCGCGACGUGGCCGCCCUGGCCGGUAGGCUGGCGGCCGCCCAGGCGGCGGGGCUGGCGGCGGCCCACAGCGUGCGCCUGGCGCGGGGGGACCUCUGCGCGCUGGCCGAGCGCCUGGACAUCGUGGCCAGCUGCCGCCUGCUGCCCGACAUCCGCGGCGUGCCGGGGACCGAGCUGGAGCAAGACCCGGGACCGCGGGCCUAGCCAUGACCCACUGCACCGCCUGACUCUGCGCCUUGGGGGUAGGCCUUGGGGCCUCUGGGACCUGUCUCUGUACCCUGUGUAGCCGCCUCCCAGCUUGCUGUCACCUUCAGGGCUAACCCUGCCCCCUGGAUGAUGCUGUGCGUCGGGUGGGUAAUGGGUUCAUCCUCUGGUGUGUAGUCCUGCCCUGCCCCUUGCAUCUGGUUCCUCCUCCUGGUCCUGGCCCUGCUCCCUGGUUGCGAGCCUGUCUCUAAGGCCUGGUUCCAGCCCUUAUGUAACUAGCUGCUCUUUGAUCUGUCUGCCUCCUGGGAGCUCUGUGCUCUCUGCCUUUCUGAGUUUGCCUUCUGUUCCCAGAGGCUGCUCCUGCCUCUUCCCACAGGAGCCCCAGAAUCUGCUGCACAUUCCCUGGCAUCCUCCUUCACUCCCUGGGCUCCGGUUUUGGUCCUAGCUCCACUUCUGGAAUUUUGUCCCCUGAGGCUGGGCCCUUUUUCUGCUCCCCAGGCCCCUGUUUCCAUCUCCUGGUUCUAGUUCUUGCUCUGCCGUCUCCUGGCUCCUCCUCCCCGGCCUUGGCUCCAUUCAGUCCCUUGGCCUGAUCUGGUAUCCUGGAUCCAGCUGUCCCUUUAGGAUUAGUUUUGCUUCUUUGUGCUUUUCCCAUCCUGCUUGUACUAUCUACCUGAUCCUGGGCUCUGAAGACCCCCUAUGGUUGGUGUCCUUCGUCAGACCCCAGAUGAGGCCCCUACUGACCCACAGGGGUCCACCUCCUGACUCUCCAGGCCCAAGAGGGCAUCUCCUCCAGACCCUCCAGACCCAAGUUAGUGUGUCCUCCUCAUCCUCCAGGCCAAGGUGGCACCUUCUGCCCAAGCUCCAGAUACAGGAUGGGCCUCCUCCUGACUCUCCAGGCCGAUGGUGGCACCCUUCAGGCACUUAGGGCCCAGUAGAGCCCUGACCUGGUACUUGGGACACAAGAUGACACCACUUUGCAGAUGAGGGCCACACAUAUGGUGUUCAUGCACUGUGUUGGCCCCUGGAUGCUAAAAGGACUUGGAUUCCUGGCUCGUCUCAGGGUCUGGACUUAGCUCCUUUCUGCUCCUUCUCACCUGCUCCCUCUUCUGGUCCCACUCACAUUUCUUUCCCGCCCCCACUCUGUUAUCCCAGCCUGAAGCUGAGAUCUGAGCCCCCAGGAUGGAGAGGUGAGGAAGAGCGCUCUAUAGCGGACUCAUUAAAACUUAAAACCAUUA